GUCAACAUAACUGGCUGGCUGGGAAUAUUUUGAGGGAUCAAGGCCAAGCGUCAAGGACUAUUUUAUUUUCUCGUCGCUUAUUGAAAAGUCUAUGAGUAGAAUAUAAAAGAUGACCACGCACCACACCCCGAUCAGAUUGACACAUAGACCUAUUGCUGAAAACGUUUGGAUAAAUCUUCACAAGUCAAGCGUCCGUGCUCACCCACAGUUCAGACUGACAGUACUGAGACCCCAAGACCAAGAUAUCGAGUUCGAUCUUAGCAAUUGUUCGAGGUGAUUAUCAUUGUCAGUUUCCUCUGCAACCAUGUUCGCUAUUACACCAAGAAUUGAUGACUGUGGCUUAAUUCGUUUAGCCGAUGAAAUGGCAAAUCCAUGGGACUUCAGAACACCUUUGUGGCUGAGAGAGGCGACUGCAGCUGCCAGCCGAGAAUCUGAAGUUCAAAACACUGAUAAAGAAUUUAGAAUCAGAUUAGAUUUGCAUCACUUCAAGCCAGAGGAAGUCAAAAUCACAUCAGAGAACAACCGUGUCAAAAUUACUGCAAAGCAUGAAGAAAAACAGGACAAUCAUGGCUUUGUGUCUAGAGAGAUUUGUAGAGUUUACAAGUUACCAGAAGACGUGGAUGCAAAGUCUGUAACAUCAACAAUGACUUCACAAGGUGUUCUCAAUAUCAGGGCAACCAAAUUAGCUAUAGAAGCACCUAAAGAAACUGCGAUCCCUGUUGAAUUUAAGGGUUGAAGCUGUUUUUCUUUCAACCAUUUGCAUAUUAUUUACUUGUUAGAGCUUAUGUUAUUUGUUAAUUUUUUUGUAUAUUUUUUUACUGUAUGUACAUGGAAAUUGUACAUUUCUACAAUGUAAUGCAAAAAGCAUCGCUUUAAUAAAUGGCUCAUUUUUGUUAAUAAACAUUUGCUUGCAUA